UACCGGCCCGCCUCUUCAUCAACAUCCCUCUCGGAUCUCCCACUUUCCACUCCACACACUUUCUCUCUCUAGAAUUCCAGAAUUACACAGAAGAGAUAAGAGUUAGAGAGAGAGAGAGAGAGAGAUGGGGGAUUGUAAGCGAAAUGCAGGAAUUUCAGCAAUGGGGGCAGCUUCGAGCGCGGACAACACGUCGAAGAGGAGGAAAAUAGAAGAGUUCUCUACGGUGGACAUUGACGAUGAUGGUGAUGAUGAGCUAGGAAUCGGAAGGUUGGGCGUGAAUUCUCCGGUGAAGUACUGGGACGACGGCGAUACUUGCUCGGCCAGCUUCUGCCUGGAUCGGUCGCCGGCGUCUUGCUGCUCCAGCAACGAGUCGAGUGACGUCGUUAAAGACGGCUUGCGACUUGUGGAUCUGGAGGUCAAGAGAUUCGAAUUCGAAACCGUCGACUCAACGUCCAUAAAAAACAUGAACAAGAACUUCAGGGAAACGACGUCGCCGUCAAGCGAGCUGAGCGUGGAUUCCGAGGAAACGGCGGCGGCUGACCGGAGAAGAAGAUCGCCGGCGGCGGAGAAGGCGCCUCCGGAAGACGAGAUCGAGAAGUUCUUCGCGGUGGCGGAGAAGUCGGAGCAAAAGCGUUUCGCAGAAAAGUACAACUACGACAUUGUGAACGAUAUGCCCUUGGAGGGUCGUUACCACUGGGUUUGUUUGAAGCCUUGAAGGUUAAAUUCGGAAAACACACAAAAAAUGAUGGAGAAGGGGAUUAGGCUAAAAUGACAGGGUAGGAAGGAGACUUUUGUUAUUUGUACAGUUUUUUUCUUUAAUUUAUUUUUCUUAGUCUACAUUGUAAGAAGAAGAAGGAAGCACUGUUUGUCUGUUACUUGAAGUACGUACCAAAAUUCCAUAGAAGCUUCUUUCCCAUCUUGCAAAAUUUGUAAUAAACACACACGUCCUUAUUUUUUAAGCUCUAAUUAUAUAACUAAUUGCCAGUAUUGGAUGGGACUUGGGUAGAGUAGAGACGUAAUUAUUUGGAAGGAUGUGCAUUAAUUUAAAUAUUGGUAGUUUGGUUUUUGGAUUAAUUGCAAAAGUGCUUUUUGUUUGGGUCUCUUUUGGCUGCUUCCAAUUUGUAAUUUUCCUUUUUCAGUUUGC